AUGGUAGUUGAGCGCGUAGCUGAGCUAGCCGAGUCGCCUGAAACUGCCGAGAAAUCUGUUGUUUUUUCGCAGUGGACGGCCAUGCUGAACCUGAUCGAGCCCCAGCUCAAGCGGAACAACAUCCGUUUUGCUCGCCUCGACGGCACCAUGUCGCGCAUGCAGCGCACAGCAAAUCUUGCCAAAUUCAAGAACGACCCCGGCGUACGAGUCCUCUUGGUCUCACUGAAGGCAGGCGGCGUUGGACUGAACCUCGCGUACGCCACGCACGUCUUCGUGAUGGAUGCGUUUUGGAAUCCGAGUGUCGAACACCAGGCUAUUGACCGAGUACAUAGACUCGGCCAGACCAAGCCGGUGUCUGUUACGCGGUAUUUUGUCAGAGACAGCAUCGAGGAGAAGAUUCUGAAACUGCAGCAGCGCAAGGGCAAGAUUGUCGAUAUCUCGCUGAUGGACAAGGAGAGGGCACAGAACCCUGAUUCUUUGCUGCGGCUGGAUGAUCUAAGCAUGCUGUUUGGGUGA